AUGGAGUUGGCUGCUUCCUCUCUGACAGCUCUUUGGCAUUCUGCUCCUGCUUCGGUGGUUUUACCUCCAGUUUUGGAUGUCUCGGUGACUCCUUCUGGUUCUUCCACCUGCCUGGUACUUAGCCCCCUGGCUCUGAUCUCUCUUUCUCCUAUUGGUGUUGUUUCUUCACCUGCAGUCUCUGCUUCUGUGGGGGUUAUUUCUCCAUCUGUGGUUUCUCCUGUUGGUGCUCGCAUAACCCAUAAGGUGGCUCGGAAGGCAUGCAGUGUUACUCAUUUUGUGUUACCUGAUGAUACUACUCUUGGUGCAGGUUCUGUUCCUGUUAGUUCCACUUCAGAGGCAGCUGGUUCAUCCAUGCCCCCUCCGGCUCCUCCUUCUGGUUCUAGAGGAGGACUUUUGAUUGCUUGGCACUCUGAUAUUAAGCUUACAAGUUUGUUUGUAUCUCCUAAUCUAAUAUGUGUUCACUACUUUUCUAAUUCUCCUGAUGUGCAAUGUUUGAUAUCCUUUGUUUAUGGACCUCCUUAUCAGAAACAUGGUUUUGAUUUUUGGUCACAGCUUGCGGAAUUUGGUUCUGAUAGCUCGGUACCUUGGCUUUGUAUUGGUGAUUUUAAUUCUAUUACUUCGUCUUUGGAUAAAUUGGGUGGCCGGCCUUUUAAUGGUUGCUCCAAAAAUGACUUUGGACAUUUUAUGAACUCUUUUGGUAUGAUCGACUUGGGUUUUUCUUGCAAUCCUUUGACUUGGUCUAAUCAUCGUCAAUGUCAUGGAUUGAUUAAGGAACGAUUGGAUCGUGGUAUUGUUUCUAGUUCUUGGUUGCAUGCUUUCCCUGCUAUCUCUAUUACCCACUUAUCGGCUUACACUUUGGAUCAUAAUCCUUUACUUCUUAACACUGCUAUUCCUUCUCCAUAUCUCCCGAGACCUUUUCGGUUUGAGGAAUUUUGGACUCGUGAUCCUACUUGUGGUAUUGUGAUUAAUGAGGCUUGGUCUACUGAUAAGUUGGAUUCCACUCUCCUUUUACUUGAUAUUACUCAACAGGCUUCUCCUUCUGAUUAUAAUUUAUCUUUGGAGCUUUAUCUCAAGUCUUUAAUUAAUGAAUAUCUUAUUCAAGAAGAAUCUCUUUGGAAAUCUAAAUCUAGAGAACUUUGGCUUACCUGCAAGGAUCUUAAUACUAGGUUUUUUCACACUAAUACUUUAAUUCGUCAUAGGCGAAAUGCUAUUGAUCUUCUUCACACUCCAUAUGAUGGAUGGCUCUCUGAUCAGACUACUAUUGGUGGUUGUUUUGUUUCUCAUUUCAAAGAUAUUUUUUCCACCUCUAAUCCUGCUCCUUCUAAGGAACUACUGGCUCUGUUUCAAUGCUCUGUUUCUGAUGCUGAUAAUGUCAUGCUAUGUUCUAUUCCUUCUGAAUUUGAAAUUCAUGCUUCUCUGGCUAGUCUUGGUGUUUCUAAAGCACCUGGUCCUGAUGGUUUUACUGCUCUCUUUUAUAUGAAAUAUUGGGAUUCUUUUGUUCCUGGCCAUCAUAUACAUGAUAAUUCUAUUUUGGCUCAUGAGAUGUUCUACACUCUUAAAUCAAAGCGUGGUCGAAGGGGUCUUAUGGCGGUUAAUCUUGACAUGGAAAAGGCUUUUGACAAAAUGGAAUGGAAUUUUUUAUUGGUUAUUCUUCAGAAGCUUGGCUUUCAUGAAAAAUGGAUUCACUGGAUUCGGUUAUGUAUUACUACCUCUUCAUUUUCGAUUAUGCUCAAUGGUAGUCCUUUUGGCUUAUUUUCCCCCUCUCGGGGUUUGCGGCAAGGUGACCCUCUGUCUCCCCUUCUCUUUAUUAUUGGGACUGAAGUUAUUUUCCGUCUAUUCUAUAGCAGUCUUCGUGGUUUUAAAAUUGCUCGUUCCUGUGCUCCUUUAAGCUAUUUGCUGUUUGCUGAUGAUUUGGUCAUUUUUACAACUUCAACUGUAAGUGAGGCCUCUAUUAUUCAGACUUGCUUGGAUAAGUAUUGUCUUUGGUCUGGGCAAACUGUUCAUGUCACAAAGUCUAAUAUUCUUUUUAGUAAGAAUACUGCUCCUACUCUGAUAUCUGCUAUCCAGACUAUUCUUCCUUAUGCUAGUACCCCUGCUACUGCUCGACAUCUUGGACUUCCUAUGUUAUUUGGUAAAUCUAAAACGUCUACUUUUUCGGAUAUUUUGGAUAAAGUACAGGGGAAAAUUGAAGGCUGA